UAAGGACUAUGUUCCUACAGCUGCAUGCGGGAGUUGGCUGAACACACGAGUUUGGUGUACACACGGCAAGGAGUGUAGUUGGUUCUUGUGUUUAUCUGAGUGAAAAUGAAGCCAGGAUUCAGUCCUCGUGGUGGCGGUGGAGGCCGAGGUGGUUUCGGGGAUCGGGGUGGCCGAGGUGGUUUCGGGGACCGGGGUGGCCGAGGUGGUUUCGGCGGCCGUGGUGGCAGCAGAGGAGGAUUCGGUGAUCGAGGUGGCAGAGGAGGAUUCCGUGGCAGAGGAGGUGGUGGUGGUUUCAGGUCGCCAAGUGGUGAAGGUGGCUUCCGUGGACGCGGGGGAGGCAGAGGAGCCCCCAGAGGUGGACGUGGGGGCUUCAGAGGGGGCAAGAAGGUCAUGGUAGAGCCUCACAGACAUGAAGGUGUGUUUAUUUGCCGUGGCAAAGAAGAUGCCCUGGUCACGAGAAACAUGGUGAUCGGAGAAUCUGUUUACGGAGAAAAAAGAAUAAGUGUUGAAGAGGGAGAAACUAAGAUUGAGUACAGAGCGUGGAAUCCUUUCCGCUCAAAGUUGGCUGCAGCCAUCUUGGGAGGUAUUGACCAAAUUCAUAUCAAACCUGGUAUGAAAGUCAUGUACCUUGGAGCUGCAUCAGGAACAACAGUAUCACACGUGUCUGACAUAGUUGGUCCGGAAGGUCUGGUGUACGCCGUGGAGUUCUCCCACAGAUCAGGCAGAGACCUACUAAACGUUGCCAAAAAGAGGACCAAUAUUAUUCCCAUCAUUGAGGAUGCCAGACAUCCCCACAAAUAUCGCAUGCUUGUUGGCAUGGUGGAUGUUAUCUUUGCGGAUGUUGCCCAGCCUGACCAGACAAGAAUUGUGGCCCUUAAUGCACACAACUUCCUUAAAAAUGGUGGCCAUUUUGUCAUUUCAAUUAAGGCAAACUGCAUUGAUUCAACAGCAGCACCAGAAGCUGUGUUUGCAGCAGAAGUAAAGAAAAUGGCUUCAGAGAACAUGAAGCCUCAAGAACAGCUAACACUGGAGCCUUAUGAGCGAGAUCAUGCUGUUGUUGUGGGUAUUUACAGACCAACUCCCAAGCAGAAGAAAUGAUUUAAUUGGAUCAUCUUCACAUUUUAUUAUUUCACGGACCCUUUUCUGUAACUGCUGUUGUAACAGCUUUGCCCACAAGAGGGCGCAACGACUCAAUGUGCAAGGACCCUAAUUACAUUUGGAUACUAAACCACCCAGACCAGCGCUGUCCUGGUCUACUCAAAAGUAUUUCCACCCUGCAUCCUCCAGUAACAUUUUGUAUAUCUGUAAAAGUUUUCCAUGUUGCUUACGAUUAUUAUUGAUGACAAGUUAAAUAACCGCAUGGUAUAGGCCAAUGUGCAUUGAUGGCUUGUACCAAGUUUUUUUUUUUCUCAGUUUGAAAUUGUUAUAUGUAGGAUAAUCAUCUAUGUUAGAUCAAAUAAAGUGGGAUAUAUCUGUUUUUUAAUUUGA